CCUUAUGACUACCUCUUCGCCUCUGUCAGAUCAUCAAACAAAUGCCACGAACUGCAUCGCAUGCGAGAUGGUACAUUCAUAAGUAUAGGGAGCGCAGUGGGAAACAGAUGUAUUCAAAUCCUCUUUGUUCUCUUCGUCGUCCUCCUCAUCGUCAGCUGAUAUACGCGGUAUGCGGAAGCUCAUUGGUCCUGUAUGCUUACUUCUUCAUGCUCUUCUCGUCGCCGCACACGUUGUCCUCCUGUGCGUCUGGGCCCGCCGAGCUGAAUACUCGUUCGUCAUGUCUUCUCAACUGGCCGCAUCAAUGCCAACCUACACAUCACUUGUGUCACAAGCCAUUAUCAUUCCAUACACCGCAUUGCUUGUUCUGCUCACGCAGUGUCUGGCGCUGCGCAGUCUAUUUACAGAACGACACACUUUAACAUCCGUGCAGGAUGUCACAAGCGCGUGGACGGGGCUGGGCGCCGCGAUACUGAACAUGUGGAGACAAGUCUCAUCCCCAUCAUAUGUCCUGGGGAUAGUCGAAGUAACCGCAUACCUCGUCUGCAUUUCCACUUUGCACAUCACAACGCCCUCGCUGUUCGCCAUGCAGCCAUUUAAUCAGACCGACCCAGAAAUGGUCCCAGUGACUCUGGGUAUGCCAUCUUUGAAUAUAUCAAACUAUUCGAACAUAUCGUCAUCUAAUCCAAUGCUAUCAACCGGCGAGCUGUGGGCCGAUGCGGUUUCGUUCCUCCCAAUUGCAGCUUCUGGCCAGUAUAUAUUGUCAACUAUUGGACUCGCCAACAGCACGAUAUACGAUAUUAUUGGCCUACAAACUGGUCUCGCGGAGGUCUACGUCAACGCCACUACGGCUAACGUCACUUGUGGAUGCAUCCCUAAUGCAACAACCCAGGAUGCAGAGUCCCGCACGCUGGGCUUGCCAGGUAUUUAUACCCUGGUGAGCGCUGUAUAUGAUCGCUACAAUUUUACUUUUGGGUUUGAUAACUGGACUAACUGGUUGUCCAAACCUACCGCGCCGACCGGAGCUAUGAUGGAUCUGCAGUAUGUGACUGCAUAUGACUACAACCAACAGCAGGAGCAGGACGUCGGUGGCUUAUGGUCAGCAGUCACGAUACCCUUGGGUCGAAGUGCGCUGUUCUGGACAACCGUAAAUGUGUUAGAUAGUCAAGGUCAAUCUGUGUCGCAGGUCAAAGGUACUAUGCUCAGCCCUUGUUACCUGGGGCUCCUAUUCAAUCAUCGUGAACAUGAAGGAAACACGAGCACCCCAAUCCAACUAAUAGGAUGUACUCUGGAGUGGGAAAAGAGUGUCAUCACCAUAGAUGCUGUCACAAGGCAACCCGUGGAUCUCAAUUCAACAGAGACGCAGAGGUCGUCCAUUUGCGCCACCUGGGAGCCGGCUCUACAAAGUGAUACUGGUCAAACGAUCACAGAUCCUGAGGUCGAUUCGUGGGCUUACAUACUGACUGGCGCGGGGUUAAUGAGUGGCUAUGGGCCGCUCGGUGCCGAUGAAUCAUCAGCGCUUUCCUUCGAGGAAGGUGCGCAAUCGGCCGAAUAUAUGGAUAUCAUACUUGGAAACCCAGGUAGAAACGGGACAGUCAGCCUGUCGGCCUUCGAAGAAGCAUUGAGCAGUAUGACAGCUACUGCAUACUGGUCCGCUGCCCACUUGGUUGGCGCCAAAGCCCAGGAUGGUAUCGUGACCGUUCUUUCUGGCAACGCCCGAGGAUCAAGAGCAAUGUUCCACCUCAAGAUCAAUGUUGCACAGGUUGCAGUUGGCCUCGGAGUGUCUACUGUGAUAUCAAUACUGGCUAUGGGCAUAGCCCUUAGGACCGCAAGAAACACUCCGCUUACAGCCGACUUCGGCCCAAUGCAACUCAUGUGGCUCGUUUCAAACAAUUCGACCCUAAACAAGCGGCUGGCAGAAGUAGAGGUGCCUUCCAUGGAUAGUUUGCGGAAAGCGGGCAUGAUAGGUUUGGGAGCCCCGAGACAGUCGAUUACGUUCAAUGGAACACAAUGCCUCGAAAUAAAGCAAGAGAAUAGCAGGAAUAGGAACAGGGAGGUCUGGGUGUACAUAGCAGAGUGAUGUCAUACAUGGUUAUGGUCAAUGAGACAGCGUUUUCA